AUGCGUUCCUCGUUAUCAGUAACGCAGAAACGCAUGCGUAUGAAAUUCUUUGCGAAACGUGCUUACCAAGUAUUAAAUUCAAUGUUUCAAAUUGAUGAUAUUCAUGCGAUGGGUGCAUUUCUGCAUCCGAAUUAUAAAACUUUGAGAUCAGCAACAUCCACACAAAUCGACGAUUGUCAUCAACCUUGUCGCAUGGUUAUAACGACAAACUCGAAAUAUGAUAUUCAGGAAGAAUGUAUUGAAGAACCACCAUCGAAGAAACCAAAGGUUUUUUUUGAGUCUUUAAUGGAUCAUAAUCAAUCAAACUGCGAAAGAUGA